AUGGUCAAGAUGCUCUCCGGAAGAUUCUUUGUUCUCCUGCUUCCACUUGUGGUCAACGGGAUUGCAGUUGUAACCUCGCCGUUCCCGUACCAGCUUCCCUUCCACACCGCUGGAGAUCCGUACAUUUGGUCAAAUACCAACCAAAAGGUUCAAUAUGUUGGAACAAAUUGGCCCGGACAUCAAGAGGGCAUGAUCCCCGAAGGAUUACAGUACUCGUCUAUCAAAGAUAUCGUCUCGCAGGUCCGCGGCCUUGGGCUCAACAUGGUCCGCCUAACCUUUGCCAUAGAAAUGAUCGAUCACAUACUCGACUCCGGCGGAGACGUAACAAUUAAGGAUAGUCUUACAACUGCGUUGGGCACCAAGAAUGGGCCAACGGUUCUGAACAAGAUACUUGCGAAGAAUCCACAAUUCACCGCUAGCACGACGAGGCUGCAGGUUUUUGACGCCGUAGCUGAGGAAUUGGCAGCUCAGGGCGUAUAUUUGCAUCUCGAUAAUCAUAUGUCGAAGGCAACUUGGUGCUGCGGGACCGGGGACGGGAAUGCCUGGUUCGGGGACACAUAUUUUGAUGUGAAGAAGUGGACGAGGGGUUGGAGUUAUAUGGCUGCACAUGCCGCAAACUGGACAGCUUUUGCGUCCAUCGGCCUCCGCAACGAACUUCGGAGGCCAGAUAAUGGACGGGGAGAGCCAUAUGAUUGGUACACUUGGUACACACAUAUGACCGCCACCGCGUCGGCAGUCCAUACUGCGGCGCCUGACGCGUUGAUAUUCUUCUCCGGCUUUGAUUACGACACCACAAUUAGCCCUAUCCCGCUUGGCUCGGCACUCACAGGGUCUGGGGGGAAGACCGCAACGUUCAACCCCACGUCCUUCCCAUAUUCAAACAAAAUUGUCCUCGAGCUUCAUCGCUAUGACAAUGACGACAAGGCAGAGAGCUGCGCGCAAUUGGAAAGCAACCUCAUGAAUGCGGGUUAUAGCUCCAUCGACCCAUCAAACUCUAAAGUCAAAUAUCAUUUCCCCAUGGUACUUACGGAAUGGGGAAUGGCACAGGAUGGGAAGUACUUUAGCACAACAACGUACAACAAAUGCCUGAUUGAGUUUAUGCAGAAGUGGAAGCCAUCUGGCUGGGUGCAGUGGGAUUUGUGCGGAAGUUAUUAUAUUAGGUCUGGGGCCCAGGAUACCGACGAGAGCUGGGGCCUCUUGAGCCAUGACUGGAGUAAAGUGAGGAACCAAGUGACGGUGGAUAACAGUUUGUCCAAGAUGGUGAAGGCAACUUUGCUCUAA